UUGCCAGAAGUUUGAGACGAAUGUUAGUAUGUUCACAGACUUGAUUUCUGAUAAAAAAGGAUGCAUUAAAAGUUGGGCAAUGGUUGGGCUAGACAUUUGUGAAGCUGUGAAUAAUUUGCAUUUGCAAGGAGUAAGCAUUGGCUGUUUCGGAGCAUCUUGUUUUGGUAUGGAUGAGUUUGGCCACACUCAUGUUGAUAUAUGUGAGACUUUGGUAACUAUAAGGAGACUUAGAAAGAUGGUUAUGUGUUAUGAAAAUCUUGCUGUAGGAUUGGAAAAUGAAAAUUUGACAGAAUGUUCUUUUGUUAGUCCAGAGGCUAUGUUUGGGUUAUUGAAAACUGAAGGAGUUCAAAUUGAUUAUGCGGUGGAUGUUUGGUCUUUAGCUUCACUGUUGCUUUGGAUUCUUAUAGGGGAACCUUUUGCUCAAGAGAUGAGGGUUUAUUUGCGGUAUAUAAUUGAAUGUGAUGAAAUGCAUUGUGAUUUUUUUGGAUGGUAUACAGAGUGGAUGGAGAGGAUUGUUUGUUUAUUUGAAUGUCAAUUGAAACCUGAAUUUAUACCUUUAUCGGAUAUUUUCUGUAAGUGUUUGGAUUUCAAUCCUGAAUACCGCUCACCCGUGAUUGAACUAUGGAAAAGCUUGAGAGAAGUGAUGGUCAAACCAGAUAUUGAUGUUUUAACUAACUUAAAACAGGGCCAACAAACAAUCUUCUGAUGGAAUAGAUGAUGAGGAAGAUGAAAUCUUGAAGGUUGGUAAGGAUGUUGUUGACAGCAUACUUGAUGGCCAGAUCAAAUGUAUUGAUCUGAUAGGACAUCGUGAUUGUAUAACAUGCUUUGCUAUUGGAGGGGGUUUCCUUUUCAGCUCAUCCUUUGAUAAAGUGGUCAAUGUGUGGUCUUUGCAGGAUUACUCUCAUGUACAUGCAUUUAAAGGGCAUGAGCAAAGAGUUACUGCUGUCAUAUUUGUGGAUGAUGAACAACCUAUGUGCAUUAGUGGUGACAAUGGGGGUGCCAUAUGUAUUUGGGUUGCCACUGUUCCACUGGGACAAGAACCAAUAAUUAAAUUAUAUGAGCAAAAGGAUUGGCGGUAUAGUGGUAUUCAUGCCCUUGCUGUAUCAGGAAACAACCAUCUAUACACCGGCAGUGGAGACAAGUCAAUAAAAGCUUGGUCACUGCAGGUCAUAAGUCAGUUGUUUCUUCACUGGUAAUUUGCAAAGAAGUCCUUUACAGUGGAAGUUGGGAUGGAACUGUGCGAUUAUGGUGUCUUAGUGAUCACAGUCUGUUGGCAGUGCUUGGGGAAAAUAUGCCUUCAAACUUGAAUUCGGUGCUAUCUGUUGCUGCUGAUGAGGAUUCACUUGUUGUAGCUCACGAGAAUGGCAUUGUUGAGAUCUGGUGUAAUGAUACGCUACUGAAAUCUACACAAGCGCACAAUGGCGCUGUAUUCUGUGCCUGCAAGAAGGGGCGAUGGAUCUUCACUGGUGGGUGGGACAAGGUUGUAAAUGUACAGGAACUAUGCGGGAAAGAUACUCAGAUAGAUGCCACUGCGUUUGGAUCAAUUUCUUGUGAUUCUGUGGUAACUGCCCUUCUAUACUGGCAAGGCAAGCUUUUCAUUGGACAAGCUGAUAGAGUAAUCAAGGUAUACUACUCUACGGAGCAGUAAUUUCUUGGAAGAACGUUCAAAUGCAAAAAGUGUACAUUAUAGUGUUACAAACCAACAAUACAUUUCAAAACAAUGUGGAAAGAAAGAACUGUAUAGAGACCCCUAGUGAGAAAAGGGGAGCACGUGGGUACAUACAUGGGAAGAGUUAUUUGAUUAUGGCUAUACAUUGCCUAUAGUGACGAGAAGAUAAAGUGAUCUUGUUUCUGUCUCAUCUUCAAAUUCAGACUUGAAUCGGUCAUUCGGUCCCCCCUUUCAUCUUACACCCAAAUCCUUCAAACCCGAGCCCCCCAACUUGGAGAAGGAUUAUUUGGUCUCAUAAUCCAAACAUUCUCUCGUGACAGGCAAUGACGAUGAUGAAGAAUCUGAUCUAGGUUGGUGGCUUUGAAAGAUCCUGCAGGUACCCCCGAAGUAGCAGCUGCAGUGGCAUUUGGGGAAGGUGUAGCAGGUUGAUUUGGUAGAGAGAGAGCCAAAGUCGUAUUCAUGGGAUAGGAAAUGAUUUAGUUGAGAUAAAUGUAGGCGUUUAAGUGUAAAAAUUUGGGGGAACUUUAAAUUUUCGUGCUUUAGUGCAUUGUAAUUAGCAAGAAUCCUACAAAAAUUUUGGAGGGAAUUUAUACUUGUAAUUGUAUGACUGGACGAGCACUAUAGAAUCAUCACUUCAAUUGUCAUUUGUGUCGUUUUUACUC